AUGCCCAAAAUCCUAUUUCAGGAAAGACAAGCAGAGAAAUUUUUUAAAUCCACCUUUUUCUUGUUCUUUUUGACAAUCAUGAGUAGCAACAACAAUGCUUCCCAGCUGAAAGAAGUAUUAAACUUGCUGGAAGAGAAGCAGCAGAACCCGGGCAAUGCAGAUAUAGAGACCAAUUUCUUCAACAAGGCGCUAGAAUAUCUGUUGGCGAGCGCUGUCAAUCACUGGUGGUGCACCAACGCUACACUGCCUAUCGCUCGUGAGUCCUUGUGGUUGUUCUCUCUGCCCGAUCAUGAUCCCAUUGUCAAGUACAAAAAGAAGCUCAACACACAGCUGAGCUCUUGUACGUACUGUGUUCAAGCAUACCAGAAUUCAAAGCAAUCCGUAAAAGCAAGAUACGACAAGGUCUUUCCUGCAGAAACAGUGCAUGAUUUCUUUCAGGGUAUAGAAGCCUUUGAUGUCAAUCGAGUCAAAUCAACAUUCAGAUCAGCACAGGAGGGCACUUUCAGCAUGACCACCCAAGUAAUAUGCUCCAUCCUAGAGAUCAUCUACGCCCCUUACCUCUUGAAGGAUGCCAAAUGUGACGAACUGCUGGGAAAAGUGUUUGACCUGAUCCAGCAGACCAAAUCAUUCCCCACAUUCGGCACAGACACAGCAAUUUACAUCUUUCGCAUGUCGUUUUAUCACCAUCGAAUUGUGCGGUUUUGGGCUCGAAAACUGCUGGAAAAGCUGGUUACAAUGGAUCAUUACAUGCUGUCAGAGAGCGAUUUCGUUCAAGUCAAGUCGUUGAUUGUGGCUAUGCUCACCGUAUUCAUGCAGGAGGAAGAGGAUAGCAAAGUGGAUGUAGAGAUUGCCAAAUUGUGCCCGUUUGAGAUCACCAAGGAUUUGGGAGAGUACUGGAAAUCGUUCAGAUUAGCCAUCGGUAUGGCAUCGUCUGACAUGAUGUUGGCCUGUUUACGAGAAUCCAAUGUGUCAAUGUCCAGCUUGAUCCAAGUGCAACUCUCCAGCAGUGCAGAAUGGCUUGCCGAGAUUCUCAAGACAAUGACAGCCAUGCUACUCAAGAUGCAGACCAAAUUCUGGGGCAAGAUCACCAAGGACAGCACCAUCUACUACGACAUUGUAAAGCAGAUUUGUGAACAUCCAGUUUUUCAAGGCGCCAUGCAGAUCGCGAGGGAGGGAAAUACGGGCAAAAUUCUGCAGCGUGAUGGCAGUCGAUAUCCCGAUGACAAACUGAUGGCCAAGAUCAAGAGCAUGUUGGAGUGGUUAUACCCCUAUUGGUCGUCACUGCGACAUACCAGGGUGGAAAAGGACAUUACGCAAAAGAUUCUGGAUACAACAUUCGGCUACUUUCAGAUGGAUACGUGGGGUGUGAUGAGUCGGGCUUACUGCGCCGAACUGGGUCUGCAGAUCAUUGAUCAGUGCUUGGCAGAUGACUCGGUGCCUGUGGAUAAAAUCGUCGAAUACGUGGAAAAGAUCAUGGGGUUUGCAAAGACAGAUGCGACAUCCCUGCCAGUGCUGGUGCAGCGCAUGCCAGUGGUUGCCAGAAACAUCUUGUCGGAUUUUGUGGACAGGGACUCUAACUGCUUGAACAAGGCGUUUCAGGCCAUCUUUCAGAUAGACGAUCUCCCCAGCGAAUUGGACGACGAAGACAUUGUGGACAAUACUCCCAAGAAAUCGCCCUAUGGAUCCAUAUGGACAGCCGUCAAGUCGUGCUACAAUGAAGAUGUGUGCAGGCAUUCCUGGCUAGUGACACUGCUGCUCAAGGCCUACGCCAACAUUGCUUCGUCAGAUGUUCCCUCCAUUGCCAAAGACGCUGAAGCGAGAAACGAGUUGCUCUCUGCGGAAUGCAAGGCUGUGCUGACUCGGUUUGCUGAUUACCGUGCUGUGGUGGCCAAGACGCUCAAAGUGAUUUGUAAAGCAGAUUGGACCACGCGAAAAGAGCUGUUGACAGACAAAGAUAUGAUCCAGCCCCUGCUUCACUUGAUAUGUUCACCGUACCUGGAGAUCAAGCAAGACGCUGCUCGUUUCAUACAGCAAUACCCCCGCGACAUCAGUGAUCAAGACUUGUUUCACGAUUUUUUCUACAUGUGUCAACCGCUCAAGGUGCUAGAAGCUUUUAAUGCUAUUUUGCGUGAAUUCACAGCGUUGACCAGUAGUCCUACGUUGAACGUGUUUAAAUCAGUGCCCUCGCUUGCCACUUUCUUUUCAAUUCAAGUCCAUUUGAUGACAAGCGAGCCCAGCGGCUAUUUGAUGACACUGAUUGAAAUGGGACCCGAAAAAGCCAAGGAUGAAGAUGGCCUUAUUGGCGAGUUCUGGGAUGUGUGUUGGCGUACCAUUAGCAUCAUUUUGGACAAGGGCCUACAGUGGGCCUCUCAGUACAAGCCCUCUGCUGUGGUUAAUUUGAUUGUGCCUAUUCUCGACACAGCUUCACAAAUGAUGCAUUCCAAGAAACUCUUUGAACGGGCUAUUGCCGUCACAUCGCAACAGGAGCAAGCAGCUGUUACCUAUGAUCACAUCAACACCAUGACAGACUCCCUCUCGCACUGGAUCUAUGUGACACGCCAAGAUAUGAUUUCUCGUCUUAUACCACUCACAAAUACCAUUCUCAACACCUUGAAAAAGGCAGAGGUCAAGAUCUCUGUGGAGGCUUACGACCGCUUCAUGACGGCUGCAACAGGUGUCAACUCCAGCAAACUCACUGACAAUGAAAGAGAGUGUCUCUUCAUGGCUUUGAGUGCGCACGAACCCACCAAUUUCAUUUUUCUGAACGAUGAUAGCGAUGAUGAAGAUGUGGAAUGGCAAGCAGUGAAUCCCUCUAGCAGUCAAACAGCACGCAAGGAAACUUCCAAUGCUAUGACAAGCAGUAUCUCUGCGCCCAGCGUCAUUUCUUCUCAGCAGCAACCAGCAAGUACUAGAAAGCGUCAGAUCACUCUGGAUCAAAGCUUCUCCAAUGUAGCCAUAACAAGCCCAACGCGGCCCACUACCAUCAAAGCGACUACACCUAAAAUCACAAGCUUCUUUACAACUACAGCUACAGCUACGGAUCCUCACGAAAUCUCUGACGACGAGAUUGAAGAAGAAUUUGCAGAUAUUGAUUACUCCCAAAUGCCAGAUGAGUGGUUUGAUGCCAAUGCUACUACGUCCAGUGAUGUGCAGCAGAAACAAGGCAAGCCAACUCAUUUUGGUCAAGACGCCAUGCAGGUAGAUGAUCCUCCUUUGCAACAACAGCAGCAACAAAACCAAAGAUCCAGCAGCAGUGCUCCCAUAGUCCACAAGCUUGGCUCCGACAUCAAGCCCAAGCACACUCGAUUUUACCCUGCAGAGAGCAAGCAACCUACCUUUGCUGUUACCUCCAAGGGUCGCAAACUGCGUCCACCCACCAUGGGAUUCACAUCCAAGCUCAAGAAUCUGCGAGAGGAGUUCCGUGCUGAACGUCGCUUGAUUGCCACUGCCAAGUCGCCUUCUGCUGCUGGUAUUGUUCGUCAACGUUAUGGUGGGUCUCAGGACAAUUCAUCAGAUUCGUCUGAUUCCUCCUCGGAUGAUGGAGACGAUGAUGAUGCUGGUUUGCUGGGACUGAUCAGUGACAUGGAUGGUACGACACCUGAAUUCAAGGCAGCGAAUGUGCAGGCAGAGAGUGCCAGUGUCAAGGCACUGUUUGAUGCCAAACCUAAGCGAACCAUCAAAUUGAUUGAAACACCCAUCACCAAUGAAUUCCUCAACAGAAAGCGCAACGCACGUAUGCUGGAACAGAAACGACGCCAAAAGAUCGCACCCAACAUUGAUCGCCUGUUCAAGACGCUGCUUUCUUGGGACAUCAUAGAGACCAGAGAGAUUCCCCCUUAUGCCAAUGUAUCCAUGUACGAUGCUGUUCCGUCUACUUUCCAGACAUUUGAUGAAUACCGCGCUGUGUUUGAGCCUUUGUUGAUGCUGGAGACCUGGAGCCAACUGUUGCGUGCUAAGGAACAAUUGACGCAAAACGACGUGCUGGAUCGCUGUAUCGUAGAAGGUCGUUGCCAUACCAAUGAUUUCGUGGAUGUUACUUUUGGGCUACCCAUGAGUGUAAUUACCAACAGCCUGUCUGCAGACGACCUUAUUUGUGUCGCAAAUCACUUUGGCAAUCAAUUCUUUGACCAGAUUACGUCGUUUAGUACGCCUUCGAAUGAUCACGCGUGGAAAGGGAAAGCCUUUUUGGGCAAAGUCAUGAACAUCAACCAAAAGAAGAACAUGGGUGAAGUGGUGGUUCGCUGCUAUUUUGCUGGUGAUCGUAUCAGUAUUCUGAAUUCCAUCUCGCCAAAGACCAACUGGAACAUUCUCAAGAUUAUGAGUUUGACGACCACUGUGCGUGAAUACGCUGCCUUGGAGGGAUUGGAAUACUACGAUUUGGCACAGGACAUUAUCAAGCCCAAGGCGAUUCCCAAGCCAAAGCUCAGCAGCUCAUUAAUUCAAAAUUGCUGUACUCGCUACGACGUGAAUGAACCUCAGGCCGUGGCUAUUGUAUCUGCCAUGCAAAAGAAGAAGGGGUUUUCAUUAAUUCAGGGUCCUCCUGGUACUGGUAAAACCAAGACAAUUUUAGCAUUGAUUGUAUCUCUGUUGGAUCAACGCAAACGAGCCACUUCAGAAGACAUGCCUACCUCUGGCAAACUCCUUGUGUGUGCUCCCAGUAACGCUGCCGUGGAUGAGAUCGCCAAACGUCUCAAGGAAGGUGUCAUGACUUCAAACGGCCUCACCAGUCCCAACAUUGUUCGUAUCGGUGUAGCAGACUCUGUCAACGCCAGUGUCAAGGAUCGCAUUUUGGACAAACUGAUUGAAGCAGAGAUGGACGCCUCCAGUGGUAAAGAUGGUGCACCAGGUGGUAAAUGGGGAGCCAAGUUAGACACGUUGCACCAAGACAUUCGAAACAUUCAAAUCAGCUUGGACGAUGUGGACAGAGAAAUCACUCAAGCGGGCAGUGACAUGGUUCAGAUGUCCAUCUUGCGUGACAAAAGAAAGACGCUUGCUCAGAAAUUGACCAAGAGCAGAAUCUUGCUCAAGGAUACUUACCAGGACCAAAAGAACUAUGGUAAAGAAAUGGAGAUUUCUCGCGUCCGUGCACGUCAAAAAGUGUUUGCCAAUGCAGAUGUUGUAUGCGCUACGCUCAGUGGCAGUGGACACGAUAUGCUCACUCAGAUGGGUGUCUCUUUUGAAACUGUGAUUGUGGAUGAAGCUGCUCAGUCGAUUGAAAUCAGUUCGUUGAUUCCUCUCAAGUUUGAUACACAGCGUUGUAUCCUUGUGGGUGAUCCCAAUCAAUUGCCUCCUACUGUCAUGUCAACGUUGGCUACCAAGCAUAAUUACCAGCAGAGUUUGUUUAUGCGACUGGAGAGAAGCAUGGCUUCCGAAGUCAAUUUAUUGAGCAUCCAAUAUCGUAUGCACCCUCAUAUCAGUAGCUUCCCUAGCAAAAUGUUUUAUCAAUCGCAACUCAAGGAUGGCCCCAACAUGGACAAAAUCUCCUCUGCCGUUUGGCAUGCACUCCCUCAGUUCCCUCCGUAUCGAUUCUUCAACAUCAUGGAUGGCCAGGAAAAGCUGGGCAGAGGCAAAUCCAUCUUCAAUGUAGCAGAAGCAGAUGCUGCUGUUGCCUUGGUCGAUAUGCUUUGCACCAAACUGCCUACAAUCAAAUUUGCAAGCAAGAUUGGUGUCAUUACACCCUACAAACAGCAAGUGGGUCAACUCAAGUCUCGAUUCCAAAGGAGAUUUGGCAACAGUAUUUUGGAUGUCAUAGAUUUCAACACAGUGGAUGGUUUCCAGGGCCAAGAAAAGGAGAUUAUCAUAUUUUCCUGCGUCAGAGCUGGUUAUGGUCGUGGCAUUGGUUUCUUGGCUGAUAUGCGUCGUAUGAAUGUAGGCCUGACGCGUGCCAGAUGCUCUCUGUUUGUGCUGGGUAAUGCUCACUCGUUGAACAGCAGUGAGUACUGGGGAGAUUUGGUGUACGAUGCUCAGAAACGUGAUCUCAUUACAGAUUGUGAAUACCCUUAUUUCAACCACACUAUCAAUGAAAUCUCUAUACCACACAAUAUAUUCGAGAAAACAAUAUCCAUCACCAAAUCCAAAACCACCCAGUACAAGAAGGGCCCUGUCAGGAUUUCCGCUCCCAGCAGCCGCAACAACUCAAGAUCGUCUUCUUCUGCUUCGUCCUCUGAGGAUGAAAGGACGACCAGUGCAAGAAUUGGUGAUAAGCGUAAAAGCAGCAGUAGCAAGCAUGGCGGCAGUAGAAAGAGAAGAGUGGAUGAAGAUGUUGAAAUGCGUGAUAUCAAGCAAGAGGAAGAGGAUGUUAAAAUGACCCCUUCCACGUUUCUCGAAAAAGUGCGUCAGGACAAGGAGCAGAAACUCAAUGCCAACAGGAGCCGGUCUGCUACUGCUGUCUCCUUUUCAGCACCAACGAACUCAACCUCAUCAGACCGUACAAAGCUGAGCAUAUCGGGUUAUCGUGCUUCAAGAGGCCUGCCGCCUGCUGGCUCGAACAGAGGAGCUCCACCACAAAGACAACCUAGCACAGGUGCCAAUAGCAGCUUGUUUAUCAACCGACGAAAACCAACGCCUACACGUCCAAAACACACACAUACAUUUCCUGAAGGAAUCAGUGCCAAAGAACACGCUAUCAUGGAGCAUACUGCAGCCAAGGAUCGCAUGCGAAACUUUAGAGAAGAAGAGAGACGUCGUGAUGGCAGAGAUCAUGCAUCAAAAACCCACGUUCGUUACAUAGAUGAUAUAGUAGAGGAUGCUCAAAACAAGUAUAGAAGACAUUGA